AUGUUAGCCGCAGCAGCAAACACGCUCGCUCCGCGUUUGAUUCGCAUCACCCACAGAAAACCCAUCAUAGAAAACAUUGUAUUUAAACUACACUAUCAGAUGACAGUGACGAUGCUCAUAGCCUUCGUGAUUCUCGUCUGCGCUCGGGAAUACUUCGGAGACCACAUUAGAUGUAUCUCAGACCAAGGUGUACCUGACCAUGUUAUCCAGACUUAUUGUUUCUUCAUGGCUACGUUUACUAUUGUUCGUCACUACAAUGAAAGUCUCCUGGAAGGUGGAUUCCUGCCUCAUCCUGGUGUGGGGCCUGUCAUGGAAUCAGACGAGAAAUUGCACCAUACAUAUUACCAGUGGGUGCCGUUCGUACUCUUCAUACAGGCUAUUUGCUUCUAUAUUCCUCACUACAUCUGGAAGAAGAAAGAAGGUGGCAGAAUCCAUGCUUUAGUCCAAGGAUUGCAGUACGCAGCGCUAGCUCUGGAUAAUGAUGACAUGAAGGUCGGCACCAUGGAUGUGCCUUCCAGGAAGACCAUCAAUGAACAAAUAGAUUUAAUACGAAAAGAUAUUGUUUUGAGGUUGAAGAUAACUCGCACUUGGUCGGUUUGGUUGGUGUCCAUGGAACUACUCAACUUCCUACACGUGAUGUUCCAAAUAUGGCUGAUCAACAAAUUCUUGAAUGGACACUUUAUUGGGUUAGGCUCUAGAAUAAUGAGUUACCGUAAUUGGGAACACGGGAUAGCUGAUCCACUGGAGACUGUAUUUCCUAAGGUAACGAAAUGCGUGUUUCACAAGUUCGGUCCGAGUGGUUCCAUCCAGCAGCACGACGCUCUCUGUGUGAUGGCGCUGAACAUCAUACACGAGAAGAUUUAUGCCGUGCUGUGGUUCUGGCUUCUCUUCUUGUUCAUUGUCUCUUUUCUCGCGAUCAUCUGGCGAGCUAUCACGUACUUCGCUUACCGUCGGUCGUUGCGUUUCAACCAGGUGUUGUUCAGACGCGUGAACGAGGCCAAGUUUGAACCCACCAACGUGAUCAGUGUCGUAAAUGGAUGCAAAUUCGGGGAUUGGCUGUUUCUCUACUAUUUGGCGAAGAAUAUGGAAGGCAUAAUCUUCCAGCAAUUGUUAGUCAGGCUCGCGGAAGAGCUGCAGGCAAGUGAGAUCCCAUCGAAUGAAGUUACAGAUGAAAAACCUGGAGCUGAUCCCGUCCUUAUCGGAACCGUGAACUACGAUGAUGAAACCCUCCCGCUUAAAGAAAAGAAAUCAUCGUAG